UUACCUGUCGAUACAUGUCAAACGUCAAAAAACUAAAAAGUGAAUCAUAACCCCAAAUAGCAAAUACCACUGACAAAUACCCAUUCAAAUACCAACCAAAAUGCUCCUCUCCCAAAUCUAGUGAUACUUGACUUAAUUUCAAAAAUGCCUGACAAUAAAUAAAACGACCAAAAAUGGCACUAUUUUACCAAAACAUUUGUCCGUACAAUAAUUGCUGUAAAAACUUCCACAAUUUGGCUGAUUUAAUCACCCACAUUGAGAGCGACCACAUAGAUUUUGACCCCCAUACUGUUGAGCGAUUAGAGGAGGAGAAACCUGCGAGUUUACCUCUAAGUUAUGUACUUAAAUUCAGCGGCCCUAAUGAUCCCCCACCUCAAUUCACCCCUAAUAAAAUUGAGGAGGAAUUAAAUGAAGCUGUAAUUGAGGAAUUGGAGGAUGACGGGGUCUCUGAAAUAGUGACGCCAUUGAAUAACAAUUAUUUGGGUUUAGGAUUCAAUCCUAAAGAAAAAAAGAUCAAGAGUGAAGUGAAAUCUACUGAAGAUCAAGUCACACAUAUUUUGUGGAAUAGUAAACUGUUCAAUCUAGAUCACAGUCAUAAGAAACCAUUUGGGUGUAAUAUGAAAGGCUGUGAGAAGCGAUACAAAAAUAUUAACGGCGUUAAAUACCACUAUAAAAACCACCACAAAAUGUUAAUACCGGGGUUGCGAAAAUCUGUCCUGAGACAAAAGUCUGUUUUAAACCCUCCAAAAACAAAAAUUUGCAGACGCGACGUUCACGGGAUUCCCCUGUAUAAUUUGAAGCCAUCAACCGACUUUAUCUACCACAAUAUGCACCACUUUGAUGGUUAUGAAGCGAUACAUAAUGAAUAUUUCUACAAGUUAAAUACUGUACCUACCUCUGAUGUGUCUCAUCAAGUGCCAUUAGGAAACAAUAUGAGCUUUAACUACUAUAACUUAGCGGGAGUUAAUAGUGCUAAUGAGGAUAUUUCAGGGAAAAAUUCCAAUUUUUUUUCUUAGAAAUUUUGAGAAAAUACUAUUACUGUGAUUUAUACCAAAGUUGGAAGAACUGAAGUAUUGUUAGUUAACGACUGAUUUGUGUUGUAUGAACAAAUGUGAUAUUUGAGUAUUAAGUUCUUUCGUUAUCCUUGAGAAUAACUUGUGUUUUUAUGGCUACAGCCAUUUCAAUUUUAGUACGUCCAUUCUCUGGUCCAAUUUGGGCGUAAUUAGACAGUGUAAGUCGCUCGUUUGAAGAACGACUCACACAGGCCGAUUAUUGCUCAAAUUAAGUGUAUUGAAAUUGAGAUAAUUAUUUAUAUUUGUAUUUCGAAUGUGUUGUGAACAUUGAUAGAAUGAAAAAUUGAAUGAAAUUCAUUGCUUUGCAGUAUGUGAUAACGAUAUUAAAAAGUUCCAA